AUCGCCCCGGCCGGGCCCGGCACGUCGGGGCGGAGGCGCGACCCCUCGGCGCGGCGCUGGGCAGCCCGCCCUGCCCGCCGCGCUAUAAAAGCCGCCUCCAGGAAAGGGAGAAACUCCACGGGAGGAAAACAUCGCGGCGCGGUGCUGUUUCGCUGAAGUGCAGGCAUGACAUCCGUCCUGGGCAGCAGCAGGGCGUCGGGAGCGCCGAGCGGGCAGCUGAAAUGCAAGUCCAAGAGGAGGCGGAGGAGGAGAUCAAAGAGGAAAGUGUUUAUUUACAACCUGAAGCAAUGGCUUGAUUUUCAGCGUACACUGCUCACCCAGAACUCCUGCACAGUCUCAGAAAAUCAGGCUGCAGAAAAAGUAAGCAUACUGUCAACCUUUAUAGCACCCUUCAAGUACUUGAGUCCUGGCGCAACCACCAUGGAGGAUGAAGACAAUUUAAGUACCAGCAGUGCAGAAGUAAAGGAAAAUCGAAACAUUGGCAACCUGGAGGAUCAUCCAAUAUCAUCUAAUGAGAGGGCAAGAGGGGGAACACCUAGCAGUAAGAGAAAAAGACCCUUAGAGGAAGGCAAUAAUGGCCAUUUCUGCAAACUCCAGCUCAUCUGGAAGAAAGUCUCGUGGUCAGUGACGCCAAAGAAUGCUCUGGUUCAGCUACAUGAACUAAAACCAGGUUUACAAUAUAAAAUGGUUUCCCAGACAGGUCCAGUGCAUGCUCCAGUCUUUGCUGUUGCUGUGGAAGUAAAUGGACUUACAUUUGAAGGCACAGGGCCCACAAAAAAGAAAGCUAAAAUGCGUGCUGCAGAGCUAGCUCUGAAGUCAUUCGUUCAGUUCCCCAACGCCUGUCAAGCUCACUUUGCUAUGGGGAACUGCAUCAACCCAUCCACAGACUUUACUUCUGAUCAGGCAGACUUUCCAGAUACUCUGUUCAAGGAGUUUGAACCAUCUACACACAGCGAGGACUUUUCAGUCUAUAACCCUGUUAAUAACGAAUUGCUUUCCACUGCUUAUCGACACAGGCGCUUACUCUGCCAUACGCUAGACUUAAUGGGCCACGGUAAGCAAAACAAGCACAAGAUGGCAUCCAAAGCAGAGAGCGAGAAGAACCCAGUGGUGCUGCUAAAUGAGCUGCGGUCGGGCCUGCGGUACGUCUGCCUGUCAGAGACAGUGGAGAAGCAGCACAUCAAGAGUUUUGUGAUGGCAGUACGAGUGGACGGGAGAACAUUUGAAGGCUCAGGACGUAGCAAGAAGCUGGCCAAGGGUCAAGCAGCACAGGCAGCCCUGCAGGCCCUCUUUAACAUUCGGCUGCCCAGCCACAUUCCCAGCAGGAGUAAAUGUCACCAUUUGCCACAGGAUUUUGCCGACUCCGUAUACCAAAUGGUUGCACAGAAGUUCCAGGAGCUGACAGACAAUUUCACUUCCAUGCAUGCACGCCACAAAACUCUUGCAGGCAUUGUGAUGACCAAAGGUUUGGACAUCAGGCAAGCUCAGGUUAUUGUGCUGUCAUCGGGUACCAAAUGUAUAAAUGGAGAAUACAUUAAUGACCAAGGGCUUGCGGUCAAUGACUGCCAUGCAGAAAUUGUGGCAAGAAGGGCAUUUGUUCACUUCCUCUACUCACAGCUGGAGCUACACUUAAGCAAACGGCGAGAAGACUGGGAGCGAUCAAUCUUUGUGCGAUUAAAAGAGGGAGGCUACAGGCUGCGGGAGAACAUCCUGUUCCAUUUGUAUGUGAGCACUUCACCCUGCGGAGAUGCGCGCCUCAACUCCCCCUACGAAAUCACGACUGACUUGAACAGCAGCAAGCACAUAGUAAGAAAAUACCGUGGGCAUCUCCGAACAAAGAUUGAGUCUGGAGAAGGAACCAUACCUGUCCGGUGUCAUAACGCUGCUCAGACGUGGGAUGGCGUGUUGCUGGGAGAGCAGCUCAUCACCAUGUCCUGUACAGACAAAAUUGCCAGAUGGAACAUCCUUGGGCUCCAAGGUGCUCUCCUCAGCUCCUUCAUCGAACCCAUGUACUUGCACAGCAUCAUUGUGGGAAGCCUCUAUCACACUGGUCACCUUUCCCGGGUAAUGAGCCAUAGAAUAGAAGACAUUGGUCAGCUGCCAGCUUCAUACCGGCGCAAUCAGCUGCUUCUCAGUGGGAUUAGCCACGCUGAUGCUCGGCAGCCCGGAAAAUCUCCCAGCUUCAGUGUGAACUGGAUUGUGGGGAACACUGACCUGGAGGUUAUCAAUGCCACAACGGGGAAGAGGACCUGUGGGACUCCCUCACGGCUCUGCAAGCACAUGUUCUUCACUCGGUGGGCAAAGCUUCAUGGAAAGCUGAGCACACGAGUACCGAGCCAUGGAGACAUGCCAUCAGUGUACAGUGAGGCAAAGCUGGUGGCUCAGACAUACCAGUCUGUCAAGCAGCAGCUGUUUAAAGCGUUUCAGAAAGCUGGUCUGGGCACCUGGGUGAAGAAACCCCCAGAGCAAGAUCAGUUCCUACUAACUGUAUAAAUCACUUGACACCUCUGCUACAUGACUGGAUCAAAUCAGCUGGAGAGAAGGCUAGGCAGGACGCAUGAGCCGAGAGAAUUGAAGCAGUUUGAGAUUUAAUAGCAACCACCACAGGAAUAUUUGCUUUUAAUUCUGUAUUGGAAAUAGAUGAAUAGAAAUGUGCCUGAUGCACUGAACUCAACUUUAGAAAACUGCUUUUUCAUUAUCCCUUCCCUAGAACGUACCUGCCCAAAUUAUAAUGCUACCCUCACAGAGAUUCUGCUUUUCAUUGUUUAUUGCUGUUGGUUAUUCCUGAUUUGAGGCACUAGUUGGCCACCUGCCUGAUCCAAAAUAGAGUUUGUUUUCCCUCACACAAUCAGUGCAAGAGUCAUCACUGAAUAAUGGAAAAUAGUGAGCAAAGAUGGAAGUACCCCAGGCACACGGCAUGACAGCAGGUCUCAAAGCAUUCAUAGUCAUCCACAAAAAGGUGUCUAACCUCUAUGCAAAAAUCAUCCUGUUUGUUAGCUGCCUAAAUCUGUAAGAAUUUGGACCUCAAAGGUCCAAAUGCAGCAAUUUUUAAACUUUGUUUUCCACCUCUGACUCUGAGCACAAAGCCAGACGUCAGGAUUCCCUUGGUUUUUACACUUAUUCCCUCUGAUGCCUUGGAUAAACCACUUCCCACCAAAUCUUCAAAGCUGGCCACAAGUUUUGCACACUGCAAAUUUUAAUUGCCCAGACCCAGUUCAUCACAUGUGCCCUUUAGACACCAGCUGGGAUGCAGAUGCUUGUCAAGAGGGUGAUUCAACCCUGCACUGCCUGCGGAGCUGCACAGCUCUGUAGGGGCUGACAGUGGAGACCAGUGUGAUGAUGUUCCUAGCACUGGAGCUUCGGGUGGCUGACUAAAAUCAGGCAGGCUGGAGCCAGAACCUUAGAUUUCCAAGCUUCUGAUGAUCCACAGCUCUAAAUUAAGCGGGUGUCAGCUUGGGAUGCUCCAUACACUUGAAAAAACACUGGGUUGAAUAGCUGCAUCUAAGACAUCCCAAAUGAGAGAUCACAUUUGAUACCUGGCUCUUUCAUGCCUCAGUUUCCCCACCUGUCAAAUGGGAAUAAUAUUACUUACCUGCUUCACAUCUAACGAACUUGGCAGGAUCAAAAUGCUCUGGUAAUAUGCAGCAGUGUAAGCCAGAUUCUGCCACUCUUGCAGUGUGUUUUACCUCUCCACACAGUCCAAUUGAUGUAAGUGCAGCAGAUGCAACUACCAGCUUGGGUAAGGUCUUACUCAGUGUAACAGCUUUCAAAUUUUAGCUCUGUGUAGAUGCCAAGUAUUAUUAUUCACGUUCAUCUGCAGCCUGAAAAGCAGAUGGGGUUUUCAGUUAGGAGACGGGUAGCACCCAACAGUUAAAUAUUUUCUUCAUAACUGUGGCUGGGUCUGAUAUAAUCUCACCUUUGAACCAUCGCAAACUUCAUCAGAAUGCAGAAGAUAGAUAGAUACAGUCAUGGGAGAACUGAGCUUUGAAAGUCCCACUGCAGAACCAACCUUCAAACGCCCUGUACAUUUCUUUCCAUUUUUGGUUUUUCAAAUGACGGGAUUUGCGGGUAUAUAACUACUGUUUUCUUUUUAUUCCUGUGAUUCUCUUUAAAUCUGUAUAUAACAUGCUGCUACUGAUUUGUGAUAAUUGUCCUGGUAUUUUCUCAGAACUGUCAAGCUGAGUUACUUUUCAAACAACACAAGGCUCAUAUUUUUCCAUGUAAUUUCCUUUACACGGGAAACUGCUCCUAUCAAUAAAGAUAGAUGCUCUUUGUAUAGGGUUUAUCACAUUUGGAGAGCCAUAUACAGUAAAUACAUUGUUUAUUGAUGCCCACAAUAGAAUAGCUACAGUAUUUUGAUGAGACUUUAUUUUUAGAUUAUAAACUACAAGGUGUAUCUAUAGAGUCUUGUAUAAAAACAAUUGUGAUAAACUAGAAUUUUUAAAUUAGAUAACACGAAGCUCUCCCCUUCCAGAAACCUUUUCAGCAAAAUAAUACAUUCCAUAUUAACUACCAAAAAUAUAUAUAAAAAAAAAAUUCUUAGAGUAGAAAUAGUUAAAAAAAAUACCAAAAACCUGAGACGUUUCAAUAGUGGAAACAUUCUAUGGUAACCACUUUGUCAAUACUUCGAAGACUUUGUCAGCUCUUCUGAUUAACAUUCAGAAUACUUCUAGCACCUUCUGGAGCUUCCUGGUACCUCCACAUGGUCCCAACCUCUAAGCAAGCUGUCACUGGCACAGUGUGACCCGGGCAGCAGGGGUGUCCAGAGGGGCAGUGGGCAGGUGAGGGGCUGUGGCCCAUGACUGGACAUGUGGGAGAAGCUGUGUGUGACAGUGACAGUGGUGGUCCCAGGGGCUCCAGCUGCUCCACCGAUAGAGAGAAACCACAGGGCAACCAGAGAGGACAAGGUUUUUCAUGCAGAGAUCCACAGGGCAGGGGGAAGCAAUGUCUUCUACUUUUCCUCUCCAGGUUAGUCUUUAUCUGGCACACAAGAAACCUCAAUGGCUCCUCCAUACAUCUCCCUGCCCUCAUCCAUCCUUCUCCAGUCCUGGCAUGAUGUCAGCUCAACUAAUGCAUAUAGCUUCACAGGCCGGUGUUGCAGCUACUGUGACAACCAAACACCGUACCUGGUUAUUUUUAAGGACAAAAAGUGUAGUGGGAUUGAAUUAUCCUUUCUUGCAAGAAAUACAUAAAUGCAAUCCUGGAUUCAGCUGCCAGAACGAAUUUAGUAGCAGGGACCAAACUGAGUCCCCACUGCAAGUGGGCAUCAGCUGAUCUUGGUGAAGGCAAUGGAGCUGCACCUGUUUGCAGUAGGGUUGAAUAUGACCUUAGGUGUCUACUUCUCAUUACAUGCAGUGACAGAGUGUGAUGGGACCACAUCCCAGAAGCACAUGUGACCUACACACAGCAUUUCCUGAAGCAAAGGAAAAAUUGCUCAGUAGUAAUUCUUUAGUGAAUAUUCUGUACAUAACACGCAUGAGUGAAUGGCAAUACUGUACUAAUGGAUGUAAAUUUGUAAUAUUUGUAAAAAAAAAA